UUCAGGAUUAGGUGUCGGGACCCCUUGUCGCUGCUGCAGCGUCUGGGCCCAAGGUGGAGCCAGGGCGUGAGCGACUCCCACGGCCCUCCGCGAGGCAAGUGUUGGCCCAGGCCUGGAGAGGACGAAGCGCAGCUCUUCUCCCGAUCCGCCCCGCCUGGCCGGCGGGAAGGGAGGCACCCAGAAGCCAGCGGAGGCCGGGGGUGUGGCGAGUCCGGCGCCCGGCCCGCCCCCGAGCGCGCGCUUAGUUCCGCGCCGGGUGGCGGCUGCCAGAGUUGACGUUAGCUAUGGAAACGCGGAAAGUGCCUGGGCACGAUCGAGCUGAGCCGGUUGCCAGGCCGCCACAGCUUCUCUGCCUCCGUGCCCGGAUCGCAGGCAGCCUCCCUGCGGGAGCGCCCAACCCGGGAUUACCUGCAAAAAUGCAGUUCCCGGGAUGCCUUCGUAUUGCCUCUUCCCUCGGGUGACUAGAGAGACUGCUGUGUUACAGAAAAGGAUGUGCUUUCAGAAUAAUCCUGAGCGAGAAGGAUGAGUCCAGAUGUGCCUCUGCUGAAUGAUUACAAAAAGGACUUCUUUCUGAAGCGCUUUCCACAGACUGUUCUUGGAGGCCCACGACUCAAAUUAGGCUAUUAUGCCCCUCCUUACAUCUAUGUUAAUCAAAUUAUCCUUUUUCUGAUGCCAUGUGCUUUGGGUGGAAUAGGAACUCUUUUGUACCAGUUAGGCAUCCUGGAAGAUUAUUACACAGCAGCACUCUCAGGUGGACUAAUGCUUUUCACUGCAUUUGUCAUCCAGUUCACAAGUUUAUACGCCAGAAACAAAUCAGUGAUGGUAGAAAGAAUACUAACCACAGAUAUCUUAGCAGAGGAAGAUGAACAUGAAUUUACAAGUUGUGCUGGUGCUGAGACUAUCAAAUUUCUAAUUCCUGGCAAGAAAUAUAUAGCCAAUACGGUUUUUCAUUCUGUUCUUGCUGGGUUAGUGUGUGGUCUUGGAACGUGGUAUCUGCUCCCGAAAAGAAUAACCUUGCUGUAUGGCAGUGCAGGAGGCACUAUUGUACUGGUUUUUUUUGGAUGGAUAACAUUAUGUACAGGAGAAUAUUCAUUAAUUGUAAAUACGGCUAUAGAGACUGCAACUUUCCAAACCCAGGAUACUUACGAAAUCACUCCUCUUAUGAGACCUCUUUAUAUAUUUUUCUUUGUUUCUGUAGAUCUUGCACACAGGUUUAUGGUAAAUGUACCAGCUCUAGAACAAAUGAAUCAGAUUUUACACAUUCUGUUUAUAUUUUUACCUUUUCUGUGGGCACUCGGCACUCUGCCCCCGCCCGAUGCACUUUUCUUAUGGGCAAUGGAGCAGGUUUUAGAGUUUGGCCUUGGAGGCUCAUCUAUGUCAACCCAUCCACGGUUAUUAAUAAUGUUCAUCGUUUCUGUUGGAACAGCUAUAACGUCGUAUUUCAUUCCCAGUACUGUUGGAGUGGUGCUUUUCAUGACUGGACUUGGGUUCCUACUGAGUCUUAACCUGAGUGAGAUGGGUUUUAUCUUCAAAUGCAGUAUAACAAGACACAGAGUUGGAACCAAAUCUAAGGCCUUACCCAGUGGUUCAGAAAAACAACUUACUUGGAAGGAAUGCCUUUUCUACAUCAUGAUAUUAGUCUUGGCUCUUUUAGAAAGUAUUUUGCUGCAUCACUUUGCUUGUUGCUCACAGAUUUCUAAAAACAGUCCCCAAGCUAUUGUUGGCUAUAUUUUGAUGGUAUUACUUAUAACACUAUGGAUACUUAGAGAAAUUCAGAGUGUCUAUAUCUUUGGAAUUUUCCGAAACCCUUUCUAUCCAAAGGAUGUGCAAACUGUGACGUUAUUCUUAGAGAAGCAAGCAAGGCUCAUGAAGAUUGGUGUUGUCAGACGGAUUUUGCUAAAUCUAGUGUCACCUUUUGCUAUGAUAGCAUUUCUUUCACUGGACACUUCCUUACAAGGGCUGCACUCUGUGUCUGUCUCCAUUGGAUUCACAAGAGCUUUUAGAAUGGUAUGGCAGAAUACAGAAAAUGCUUUAUUGGAGACAGUCAUUGUAUCAGCAGUACACUUGUUGAUCUCCAGUACAGAUGUUUGGUGGAAUAGAAGCCUGGAUACAGGAAUCAGACUCUUACUGGUUGGUGUCAUCCAUGAUCGUCUGAUUCAAUUCAUCUCUAAAUUACAGUUUGCUGUGACUGUACUUUUGGCAUCAUGGAUGGAGAAAAACCGUAGAAAAUCAACUACCCCUUUAUGUAUACUCAACAUUGUCUUCUCUCCCUUCGUGUUGGUCUUCAUAGCUUUUUCUACACUUCUCUCUUCUCCUUUACUCCCCCUCUUCACCCUUCCUUUGUUCUUGGUGGGGUUUCCCCGACCUACUCAGAGUUGGCCAGGAGUAGUGGGCACUGCAGCCUGCGUGUGUGCAGAUACUGUCUACUACUACCAGAUGGUCCCAGGUUUGACCGCUGCACUGCAAUCUGCAAUGGUAGCUGGAAGUUUAGGUCUCCUCUUACCUGGGUCUCAUUAUUUGGGCCGUUUUCAGGAUCGUUUAAUAUGGAUAAUGAUUCUAGAACGUGGCUAUACUUACUGCUGUAUUAACAUUAAGGGGUUAGAAUUGCAAGAGACAUCCUGUCACACUGCUGAAGCUCGAAGAGUUGAUGAAGUUUUUGAAGGUGCCUUUGAACAAGAAUAUACAAGAAUAUGUUCUAUUAAUGAACACUUUGGAAAUGUAUUGACACCCUGUACUGUUUUGCCUGUGAAACUCUAUUCUGAUGCAAAGACUGUCCUAUCUGGCAUAAUAGAUUCUCAUGAUAACUUAAGAGAAUUUAAAGGUGACCUUGUUAAAGUACUUGUGUGGAUACUUGUUCAGUACUGCUCCAGAAGGUCCAACAUGCAGGAGAAUGUUCACAAAACUGAAAAUAAAGGGAAAGCAUCUCUAAUAAUCCUGCCUGCUUUGAAUACUUCACCACAAACCCAAUCCCCAGAUGACACAGAUAGUUUAAAUUCAGAAAUUUCAGAUAACUGGUCUGAUGAUAUUUUUGGUGAUGAGCCAACCACCAAAAAAGGAAAGGAAGAAAAAGAUCAGUUGAAAGUUUUGCAAAGUAUAAAUCUGCCUAUUCCAGGAUCAGUAGAAUCACAGAGUGUUGAUGAUCAUUCUACAGGCAAAGUUCCUGAAAAUAGUCUUUACAAAGCAGUUCUAGUGGGAUAUCCUGCUGUUGACAAAGGAAAACAGGAAGACAUGGUGUACAUUCCUCUCAUGGAGUUCAAUUGUUCUCAUUCUCAUUUGUUAAGCUUACCUGAAGAGUGGAUGUCUAACUGUUUGCCUAAUUCCAAAAUGAGGGAGAUGAGCUCAUUAUUUCCAGAAGAAUGGUAUCAAUUUGUCUUAAGGCAGUUGGAAUGUUUUCAUUUGGAAGACAAUGUCCCAAAUGUACUGGAAGAAAUUGCAAAGGACAUGGUUUUAAAAGACUUUUAUGUUCGAGCAGUAAUGACUUGUUAUUGUAGUUUAUUUGGAGUAGAUAGUACGGAUCCUAGCCCUAGUCAUAUACUGAGAGUUUACAAUGGUGUUCUGCCUUGGUCUGUUGCCUUGGAUUGGCUGACGGAAAAGCCAGAACUGUUUCAGUUAGCACUGAAAGCUUUCAGGUAUACCCUGAAAUUAAUGAUUGAUAAAGCAAGUUUAGGUCCAAUAGAAGACUUUAAAGAACUGACUAACUGCCUUGAAGAAUAUGAAAGUGACUGGUACAUUGGUGUGGUAUCUGAUGAAAAAUGGAAGGAAGCAAUUUUACAAGAAAAACCAUGCUUAUUUUCUCUGGGGUAUGAUCCUAAUAUGGGAGUUUACACUGGGAGAGUACUUACCCUUCAAGAAUUAUUGAUCCAAGUUGGGAAGUUAAAUACUGAAGCUGUUAGAGGUCAGUGGGCCAAUCUUUCAUGGGAACUGCUUUACGCCACAAACGAUGAUGAGGAACGUUACAGUAUACAGGCGCAUCCACUACUUUUAAGAAACCUUACAGUACAAGCAGCUGAUCCUCCCCUGGGAUAUCCAAUUUAUUCUUCAAAACCUAUCCGUAUACAUUUAUAUUAGAGCUCAUCUUGAGACUUGUAAAUGUAUUGUCAUCAAAUGUCUACUUUUUCAUUUUAGAAGUGACAGUGUGCUUUCUCAUAACUUGACUGAACUUCCUUCUCUCCCGCAUGUCAGAUGCUGAGAAAAGCUAAGCUCUAUAAAGUUGAUUCUCUUAGCUAUCUUAAUAGUUAAAAAAAAAAAAAAAAAACUUUAUGUCCAACAUAAAAGUUAGCACUGUUGGCCAAUAUUUGUGCCCUAUGGAUUGUGGUAGGCUUUGGUAAAUAUAAAACAUUUAAUAAAAUUAAAUUUUUUAAUGCUUUCUUAAAUGGAUGACAGGUGACUUGCCUUACAAAAGUCAACAGCUGUGUAAUUUUCACAUACCAAAAAGACACACAUAUCAGUGUUUUGGAGUAAUCAUAGUGGAUGCUAUCGAAGGUUAAUGUAUAUGUAUUUAUUUGAAACACAAUUAAAUUUUAUAGUAUUUUUAAACUGGUGUUUUAUUUUACCAUUUAACAUGGUCUGAUUAUUUUUAUAUAAUUGUGCAUUUUCUUUUCAUAUAAUUCAAAAACCUUUUAAAAAUGUAAUAAAAUCUUCCAAUAAAAUAUUUUCCAAGUAUCCUUUUGAUAUAUGUGAAAGGAAAGGGAUUUAUCCCAUUCAUCAUUCAACUCACAGGAUUAGCAACAUGAGAGCAGACUGACUGCUAGAGGACAUUCCAUAGAUCUGGCUCCUUAUGCGUUUCUUUUCAACUGAAUGUACUGCUUCUGAAGACUUACCCAAUAGGACUACCAGUUACUAGUGUCUUCAGGUAUCUGAACUAAAGGCAGAAAGAGAUGGGAGAAAAUUUUUUCAUAAUGUCAUUAGGAUUUUAUUUUUAUUCUCCAGCUGCAUAUGAACUUUUUAUAGGUACUUAUAAGGAGGAUGAACAAUGAAUGACUCUGCAUUACUUGAGACACGGAUUUCUUCAACCCCUUACUUUAUUUACAAUUAAAUCUACAGUAGGCUCCUAUGUUGGGAAUACAGUAAUACAUCCUCUUCGAAAAUGAUGGAAAUUAUUUGAAAUGUACUGAUGAGAUCUUUAUUGUUAUUAUUCCAUUUAUUUAGUAUGUGGAACAGUUCAAUCCAGCAAUGUUUAAAGAAUAACUUUUCGGACUAAUUUUCAAUUAAUGAAUUCAUGAGAUUUGUAUGGCAGUCAUUUUUGGGGAAGCAAUAUAGUUAUUAAGAAGAUAGGCUUUGGCGUUACACCUGAGUUCAGAUCUUAGGCUUAUGAUUUAUACAACUGAGAUUUACUAGCUGGACAAUUUUAUGUAUUUUUGUCUGCUGUGAACAUUUUCUCUUACUAAAAACACUCUCUGUAAUUAUCAGUUUUAAUGACUGUGUAACACUGAUAGAUACAACAAAUAAUGGACAUUUUAAGUUGUUUAAAGAUUUUCAUUAUCAUCAUGCCAAGCCAUGCUUUCCCUUUACCUUGCAUCCUCCUCAAACUGUUCCCAUGUCUAUUUCAUUCAUGGCCAAGUUUCCUCAUCUUUCAUUCAAUUGUCAAACCAUUCCAGUCUGAUUCCAUUUCUACUGUUCCCCCAAAUAAAAUUUUUAUUAAGGUCACUAUUUACCUUCAUAUUGUCAAACCAACGAAUUACUUUUAUAUUCUUAUUUGUCCUCUAAGUAGCAUUUGAUGUUUUUGACCAUUCCUUGAAUCAUCUUUUUUCCCCUUUUGGCCUUCCCUGACACCAUAUCUUCCUUGUUUUCUUCCUAUCUCCCUGCCUAAAAGCAGCUUUGCUGCUUUUCCUCUUCUACGUUACCUCUAAAUUUUGGAGGGAGACACCCUAAUAAUUGACCACACAUUGGAUUGAGACCUCAAGGACUACAUCCUAAUUUUAAGGGUGAACAAAAAUAUAGAUGGUUUGAAUCUUCACAAUCCCUAAAGGUGGAUUAAGGUGACCGUGGAUUUCUAGUGUACCUAGCCACUACCCAGAGCAAAUGUAAAUCUUCUCUGGACUGAUCUUUUAAGUUAUUUUUAUAAUUUUUCAUAUUUAAUGUUGGACAAUCUGAAAGAAAGCACCUGAGGAGGUAAGACAACAUGAUCAAAAUCCAAGAGAAACAGUAGACAAUAGGAACAGACCCAUGGGGGAUCCAGAUAAUGGAGAUUUUAAACACAGGCUUGAAAAUUAUUCUGUUUGGUACAUUUAAACAUACAAAACACAAGAUUGAAAGUUUCAGCAAAGAAUUAGAAACCAGACAGGAGAAAUGACAAGUCCCAAACUGAAAAAAUACAUUAAUCAAGUUAAAGAACUCUGAAUAGAUUUAACAGAAACUGGACACAGCUAAAGUAAGAAUUGGCGAACUAGAAGUUAGGUCAGAAGUAAUUAUCUGAUAUGAAAACUGACAGAAAAGAAUGGAAAAUACAAUGAGAGUAUAAGAGUAUAUCAGAUUGCCUUGAGACAAUCUAACAUACAAGUAAUUGGAAUUCCAGAAGGAAAGGAGAGAGAAUGUGGCAGAAGCAACAUUUGAGGAGAUAAUGACUGGAAAUUUAUCAACUUUUUAAGGGCCAUCAAUCCCUGCAAGACCCAAGCAUGAUAAAACCACACCCUCACAUAUCAAGAAAAAAUAUAUAAAAAGGAAAUCAUAAAAUCAGCCACAAAGCCCUAACAGACAUUAUCAAAGGAGCAACAAUUUUAUUAAACUGAUGAUUAACUUCCCAAUAGAAAAUAUGGAAACCAGGUAUCAGUGGAAUGAUAAAUUCACUUAAAAACAGUAACUGCAAACAGAAUUCUAUACUCAGCCUUUCCCCCAAAACAACUCUUUUAAGAAUGAAAGUAAAGACUCUUUCAAACCCAAUAUAUUCAACAGCAGAUUCUCAUAAAAGGAAACAAGUAUAGAAUAUUUUUCAUGCAGAAGGGAAAUGAUCCAGAAGCAGCUCAGGGAUACUGGAAGGAAUGAACAGUAAUAGAAAAAGAUAAACAUAUGGUUAACUAUAUUAAUAGUGAUGACAAAAAAUUGUUUGGAGGUUAAAAUAAAU